CGAGCGCGAGCAGCAGCCUUUUAGUAUAGGCUUAGACGAAACUGCAAGGGAGAUGACGAGUGGGAGCCAAGCUCUUUGCAGCAAAACCUCCCUCCUUCAUCCCCUUCUCUCCUCCCGCGCCGCCCGAUUCAAUCCCGUCCGUCGGUUCGUCACUCGUACGGUCCGGAUGGCUUCCCCCGACCCCUCGGGUCCUCCACCUUCCUCCAAGGUGGAUUCCGCCUCCGCCGCCACGGCUGCGACCUCCUCCCCCGACGCCGCCGCCGGUGCAUCCUCCGUCUCCGCCUCCUCCGCCAUCGACUUCCUUCAGCUCUGCCACCGCCUCAAGACAACGAAGAGAACGGGGUGGGUGCGCCGCGGGAUACGGGACCCGGAGUCGGUGGCAGACCACAUGUACCGGAUGGGUGUCAUGGCUCUCAUCGCCGGUGACAUCCCAGGCGUAGAUCAGGACAGGUGUGUUAAGAUGGCAAUCGUGCAUGACAUUGCUGAAGCCAUUGUUGGUGAUAUUGCUCCUUCUGAUGGUGUGCCAAAGUUGGAAAAGAGUCGGAGAGAAAAAGAAGCAUUGGAACAUAUGUGCAGAGUACUUGGUGGAGGGUCUAGAGCAAAGGAAAUUGGUGAGUUAUGGAUGGAGUAUGAAGAAAAUUCUUCCCCAGAAGCAAAAGUUGUCAAGGAUUUUGACAAGGUUGAGAUGAUACUUCAAGCUCUAGAAUAUGAAAAGGAGCAAGGGAUUGAUUUGGAUGAGUUUUUCCAGUCAACUGCAGGAAAAUUUCAGACUGAUGUUGGCAAGGCUUGGGCAUCAGAGAUUGCAUCAAGAAGAAGAAAGGAAGAAUAGCACUGCCACAGAACUUGGGCAUCAUCGGAAAGGAGGAUAGCCAUUCUUCAUGGCUUGUCAGUGCAGGUCUACUAAAAACUGAUGGUGGACUAAGAAAUUCAAAAGCUGCACAACUCUUCAGGAUGUUGUACUUUUGAAUUGAUCGUCCAACGAUGGACUACUUGUGGAUGUGGCACGUGAUCUGACGUUACUUGCAUUUAUGCCAUGUCUACGGCUUGGAUGCCCUUUCGUAAACAGUUGACAUUUUACCAACAAAAAAAAAAAAAGGAAGAAACAGGAGUUGACAUUUAUUACCGUCUGCUGGAUGAGGUAUCCUUGUAGUGAUUCAAGUGCGAGUCCUCUAGAAUCAUCUCCUUUGGUAUUCUAGUAAUUAUAUUGUAGCAC